AUGUCACCUUCGAAACAUUCACGUAUCAAUACAACAACACUUCCUUCAAAUAUUCUGGAUCUUCGUGAUGAAGCAUUCUAUGAUUUUGUCCGUCAAGUUUCUGGCAAACGCGUUGCAGAACUACUUGCUUUUCAGGAAUUGAACGGUGUUGAUUCUUUUCUUGGAUGCCAAGAUGUUACCGCAGUACUUCGUCUUCAAUCUGAUCAAUUAAAUGAACUUAAAAAACACACCUGCAUUAUCUUAGUCGAUGGAACGAUUCCUCUUCUGCCUGGUCUUGGAUCAUCAAUUAAUAUUCUCACUAAACUGCUGAAAAAGAACCGAGAUGAAAUCAAUAAACGAGCUGUACGACUUCAAUCAUUCAAUUCCUCGUUUUUACCAAUUGCAAGUUCAAUUCCAAUCGUUCAUUCAGCAGCAAUUACAUCACCUGGUAAUCCAUUAACUCACGCACAUUUACAAUCUGCAUCAUUAGUAGCAGAUACGUCUACCUUAUCUGUUCAUAACCCUUCACACGCAUCAAAUUCUGUUCCUGGUGAAAUAUCAAAUAGAAUUUCAACAAAUAUUACGGAUUGGCUGAAGAAAAAAGAACACGAUCUCAACUUAAUCAGUACAGAUUUCCAACAAGGUAUAGAUUUCCAUAUAGAACUGAAUGAACAAAGAGAUGGUAUUAUUAUACGAUGUAAAUGUGGUGCACGAUCUGCUGUUAGCCAGAAACAAGGAACUCUUGUGUUUUCGAACGUUUUUCGACAUUUUAAAUCUGGAAAAUGUUCGUUAAUCAUUGAAAAGCAACAAAAUCCCAUCAAUCGUCAAAGUACAGCUAAUAAUGAAGUUGACGAUGGUGCUAUCGAUUCAACAUUGUUGACAACUACUCAAUGGACUUUACCAAAUUCACAACACUCAGGGCCAAUUUCUAUGAAAUCUACGUCUUCGAAAGGUAGUAGGCGUACACGUUCAACUUCAAUUGCACCCAAGAAUAAAAGACAACGAAGAAAAUAA